UACGACGACGAGCGCCCUUCCUUCGUUCUUGUUUUCCCUGUGCUGGCUGCUGAAUCUUCGCCUGUCUGUGUCCGUUAUCGUCGUUGUUACGUCCCCAGGCUUCUGAUCUCCAUCCAACACAACUACUCGUGUUCAACACGUUGCCUCGUACUUUCCUUUCCGGUCGGAAAUCUUGUAUGGCUACAGCCCAACGUGUAUAAAACGAGGGUCCGACAAUGCAUCGAUUUCGCAAAAAGUCCGACGCGAACAGAGUCUACAUUCCACCUCUUCACACAGAGUCUGCCUUGAACCUUCCUGGCCAUUUACCAGAGCUACCGCCCGCCAGUGACUUUCGCACCUCACUUAUUCUCCCAGAUCUUUCUCGCAGAUUCAGUGUUCUCCGCUCAUCGUCCGGCGCGCCUCUCUCUGCCGACGCCCUUCGUUCAAAACUUGCAGAGCAAAGGGCGAGAGGCUUAGAGAACCAGGUCACGGAAGAGGAGGAGGAUAUGAUCCUCGAAUCGUUGGGCCUUGGUCGGUCACGACCCUCGACACCUGCAAGGUCGCGAGAAGAAGCCUCAGACGGUGGCGCACGUCAGUCGUCCCAUUCUUCUACGACUAUGGGCUCCUCCUAUUCGCCUUCGUCGUCCAGUAGAGCUAGUUCUAUGAAGCGCUACAGCAACAACCUUUUCGGCUCAGGAAAACUUCGCGAUUAUACUUACAUGCGCACUGCCCACAACAAGUCUCAUUCGCGCGCUCAGACGUCAAUGUCGUCUGCGGAAACCUCUCAUCAGUCGAUUAUUACCUCUGAAAGCAUGCAAUCUUCGACGCCACCAGAUAUGGGCUCCAACCAUCUCCAAAUUCGCUCUACGCCCUUGCUCGUACCUACUACUUACAAUGAGCAAAUACCAGAAUCAUCAGACAUGGCGUUGCCAUGGUCAUUGGGAGCAUCUGCGUACAAGCGAGCGUCGAUGGCUUUGCAACAAGCCAUUAGCGAAAUGGAAGAAGAAGAACCAGAGGACGAAAUCGUGUUACCAAGGUCGGCGCCAAUUGUGCGUCUGGGUAUUGAACAUCGUCGCUCACCAGAAGUUACGAGAACAAGUGACCCGCCCAGUUUUGAGGCAGGCAUGGCGAUAUCUUCGGACAAACAGAUGCGCACUGAUGAAGAACGAGCAUCUCCCAUUCCUUCCCGUACGCUUCCUGGUUAUAUUCCCGGGAUGCCGAGACCGAUGACUCCUCAUGAAAAUGCGGAUGCCGAUGAGCAGCGGUCUUAUUCUACUACCCCUCGUGCAGCAUCUCCCCCCUCCUUACCAGCCCGUGUCGACUCUCCGUCUCCCAUAUUCCCUCCCAGUUUAGUAUCUGGUCUUUUCAGACAAAGUUCAACAUCAUCUCCGUCAUCUUCACGGGGACAGUCUCCCCGUCCCGUUUCACCUUUAAAUUCACCAUCUUUGUUUCUUCAACGUAGCGUCAACGGGAGGCAGACACCUGAUGAGCCGUCAAGGUUGGCGGAGGUUUCUGUCGAUUCUGACAAGUCUCUUAACUCGUCAAUCCUUGGGCGCAGACGGGCUGCUUCGCCUCUUUCCACGGCUACGUACCAGCCAAUGACAACGGCUUCUCGACCAGGUACACCGUCGAACGGUGCAUGGUCGCCACCUGUUUCGCCUGGGCCCAAGUCGUCGUUUGGGCAUAGUAGAAGUGGUAGCUGGUUCAGUGAUGCAAACAGUAGCGCAGAAGUCUCCGGUUCAUUCGAUCAGUCAAACAGAGGGGGUACACGAUCUCUCAAAUCCCCUGCGCUUCCUGAUUCCCCUUUGAUCGAUCGUGGACACGGUACAUUGGACUCCAUCAGUUCGAGCUACUCUUCGUUUUCCGACAAGCGCCCUGGUUCGCCCAUGUCUAUCAUGGAACUUACUCCGUCUACGAGUAAAGUUGUGCGAUCGCCAACUCCGACACAAAGCCUACGGUCUCCCGCUUCUCCCACAUUCCCUGGUGGUGGUGGAAUGUCGCCCCGCAAUGGUAGCAAACGGUCGUCCAGACAAAAUGGCAUGUCCAACCCCUUCAAUUUUGGCCCUACUAUGUUCUCGCCCAUCGCCAGCUCGUCGCGAUCAUCGUUGGAAUCUGCAGGUUCUAGCUAUCAUUCUUGGGAAGGAGACUACAAAGAAAAUAGCAUGUCACUGUUUAACGAUACUGAUCCCCAGCAACCCGCAUGGCAUGAUGUAUAUGUUUCCGACCAAUCCAGCUCCAUUACUCCAGGCGGCUCCCCUAACGACGAAUGGGAUGCUGAAGAAAUCAUUCGCAGAUACGCAGGAUUGAAAAAAGCGGACUUCCUCGCCAUUCAAGAAAAGCUUGUAGGCGUGGCAGUCGCAAAGCUCACGCCUUCGUCAUCAUCCGAAAGUUAUAAUCGUGCUCCAUCGCUACGAAGACGACGUCCGUCCACCGCGCAGUCGAACUAUUCUGUCAAUGGCAGGAUCGGAAGUCCCGCACAAUCACAGCCUUCAGCGUCCCCGCCUAAUGAAGGUUUGGCCAAAAUGUCGAACGCUACCGUCGACGUCAGGAAGGUUCCAUCACCUGAACCGGUAAAUACUACCGUGACAGGCGGGGACAUAUCCCCAACCACUCGGAAGAAUCGGGAUCUUGCGCAUGUUCUCUUUGGAUAUGAUGAAGCCGAAGGGUACGACAGUUCUCCGACACCCAAACCCAUGGUUCCCGUUACGCACAAGGAACCCAUGGAUAAUGUCCCCGUCCUGACUUCUCCAUUACCACUAAACAUAAACUCCCCCCCAGCUCCGACUCCAGAGAACACCCAAUUCCUAUCGCCGCCUACGUCACCCUAUGUCUUUACGCAGAAUCCUUCGCCAAGGUUGCCGCAGUCCCCGGAGGCGGAAGCAGAGUUGGCCCGCGAAGUGCAGCGUAGGACUGAGGCAGCGAUGUUGGCCUUGAAGAAGCCGGGUCCUCCGAAGGCCUCUGAAGGGCUGUCUUCAUCUGGAUCCGUUUCUCGCAAACGUGUUUCACCCCAUCAGAUUUCAACACCUACUCUUGUUUCGGCCUCCACUAGUGUCGAUACGAUACCUCUACGCGCUGCAUCAAUUUCAGCUUCUCAAUCAGGUCCUUCCAGGAUUGGCAGUCGUUUUAAGAAGCUGAGAGGAACUCUUCGAAAAAACAACAUACCCACCGGCGAGGAGGUGACGCCUUACCCGUUAGUCGUUGGCGUUCCACCGCCCACCCAUGCUAUCGGGUAUGGACCGGAUCGACUAAACCCCGCAAUAGACGGAAUGGGAGCCAUGAGUGCUACUGAACCAAGAUUCAAAGUACCCGUUUCCAGCCCUCCGGCUACAGCAGGACCAGGACUGAAGGGCUUCAUUUCCCGUCUUCGCAAUAAGCCGCGGACAAUUGAUCCUAGCCUUCAGUAUGUUGGCCAACAUUCCCCUCAGUUAUCUGUGUCUUCUUCACUUCGUCGGACCGAUUCAAGUACGCCGCGAAACCUCCAUGAUACAAGUCCAACGACUCCGCGACCCCAUCAACAAUCACCGCCAACCCUGCCACAGGGUAACCCAGAGUCCGUAGAUCCUGACGAAACCGUCGCUCUAAGACAGCUGUUUGAUGCUGCUCAUAACCUGGGCCUCGACGAAAAGAAAUUAAACGACCUUCUUCUAGUUCGCUCUGGAUCAACAUCCUCCAGGACUUCGGAUUGGCCGUCGACACUGACGAGAAGCAAUUCAAGCGCUGCGGCGUUUGUCACACCAGACAGUCGUCCAGCUCGAGCAGGAGACAAUGAACGUCCAGUAAGUACUGGUGGCAAUCGCCGUACCGUAGAUGAUAGAGGUCCUUCUCGGGCGCCCUCACUUCGAAAACAAUCCGAUCAUCUUCGUCGCCCUCGAGAAGGUCAGAAUGAGCGUGAUCCUGCUGUCAGUGCUGUCAUCCGCCGUACCAUAAUCGUGCCAUCGGAUACCAGAACUUCGACUGUAGAUAUCAACGCCCUGCUCAGGAAGAAUUCCUCUCGCCGGCGCAGAGUCAGUGCUGCCUCGAUCUCAGGACGGUCAAUUCAUGAUCGGGUACCUACCCCUCCACCACGUACCGCAGGACGACGGUAUUCUAAAGAUACCUCCCCUCCGGUCCCGCAGCUCCCACAAUCCGUCUCACUCUCGGGGGAAAACCAUUUGAAUGUUCCAGGUAUCGAAAAGUCCAACUCUACUUAUGAUUCCUUGUAUGACAUGUAUGCAGGCGACAACAAGCCAAACGCACAAUCAUCGGUCCCGAAUGAAAGGGCAGGUCCCAGCGAAGCGACCGGUCCGUCCAUCGAAGUGAUAGAACUUGCCAACGGAGAGACUAUAUGGUCAAUUGUAAAUGGUCUCCGAGACGAUGACUCGGAGUCUCUUUAUGCCUCUCGAACCAGCCUGGCCUCGGAAUACGACGUCCAUGAUGAAGACAUGCAAGUUUACGUUAGAGAGCAUCUGAGGAAAAGUGUCGCCUCCAAUUAUUCCCCCCAAAAACCUCAAGGAAAGUCACCUCGUCCUGAGACCAAGGUUUUUUAUAGUUCAUCAGCUCAAAUUGGACGCCUCAUCGAGAACAUCUCGCAAGGUAUGGAGGCCGGAUCCUUCAACUUCCGCACGGUAAAUCCCCCAGUACACUCGCCCUCAUCAUCGUUAUCAACUUUUGACAACGGCUGGACGGUAGAAGAAAGACUAGACCAUAUGAUUGGCUCCAUGAAGGGAGCAUAGUUGACGGGUUUUUUUGCGGCCUUAUUAUGUAUUUCCCUAAGAUCUGGACUUGAUUUGUUUUUGCAUAUCUAUUCCUUUUUGAUUAAUGUCCACAGCGACGAAAACUAUAAUAUAUAUAAUGUACAAGGCAUUUUUUACAUUCCGUGCAGGUCAA